AGAAGGUUACAGAACGUAAACCAAAAGUCUAGACUCUAGAGAGAAAAAUAAAAAUUACCUAAUCGGCAGAAAAUAGCAUCAAAAUGGGACUGCCAGUUUUCAGUAAGUGCUGCUGCCUCGAGCUCAAAUGGGGAGCUCUCAUUGUGGCCAUUGUGGAUUUGAUAUUUUGCGGCUCAGCAGCUGGGCAUUCGGCCAUAAUAAGAGGCAGAGAUCUUUUGAACAUCCUUUGGUAUGUAGCAGUAUUGCUGCAUUUGGCGCACAUAAUCGCUUGCAUUUUAGUCAUUGUUUCUGUGUGGGUGCCGAAGAAGGAGUUUCCCUGUGUCUAUCUCAUAACGGCACUAAUAAGAUUUAUUUUCGAUAUAAUUUUUGUGAUAUUUAUCAUUAUAGAAUUCGGUUUUGAAGGGGAUUACCUAAUAACCGCCAUCAUUAUUUUAAUUUAUAUUGCUUUGACCGUUUACUUUUGGUUAGUUAUCUACUCAUACUACAGGAAGUGCGGAGGGCAUACUCCAGCCGAUUAAAAACCUCCAAGAGUACCUCUGCCACCUGACAGUAUCUUUUUUAACGAAUGACCUCUUUCGAUAUAUGUCGCCUCCCAGAAGUAAUAAUGAUCUCCAAAUCAAACAGUAUCACCUCUUUUAUGAAUAUACACAAAAUUUGGAAUAAUGGAGGAUUUAUUUCCUCCCAAUCAAAUGGCAGUAUGACCUCUUUUAUGAUUAUGAACAAAAUAAUGACCGCCAAGUCAAGUGACAGUAUGACCUCGUUUAACCUGUGACGCAACUCCGAUGUAUUUUUAUAAAUAUGAACAAAAUUUAUCGUUUUAAGUUAAAAUUAUAAUGUAAAUAUAAUAUAGCCUUAUUUAUAAUUAAGGCUAGGACAUAAAUGUACCUAAUACACAGUUGCUUGCAUCUAAA